GGCCUUCCUGAAGAAGCAGCAGCAGCUGAGUGCUAUGAGAGUGAUGCAGAGGAACUGUGCUGCCUACCUCAAACUCAGGAACUGGCAAUGGUGGAGGCUGUUCACCAAGGUGAAGCCUCUGCUGCAGGUCACUCGUCAGGACGAGGAGAUCCAGGUGAGGGAGGCGGAGCUUAAGAAUGCCAAAGACAACCUGACCAGAGUGGAACAGGACUACACUGAGCUGGACAAGAAACACGCACAGCUGAUGGAGGAGAAGGCGGUGCUGACAGACCAGCUGCAGGCGGAGGCGGAGCUGUUUGCGGAGGCGGAGGAGAUGAGGGCCAGACUGGUCAGUAGGAAGCAGGAGCUGGAGGAAAUACUGGGGGAGCUGGAGGGCCGAUUGGAGGAGGAGGAGGAGAGGGGCGUUCAGAUGACCAAUGAGAAGAAGAAGAUGCAGCAGCACGUGACGGAUCUGGAGGAGCAGUUGGAGGAGGAGGAGUCGGCCAGACAGCGCCUCCAGUUGGAGAAGGUUACCCUGGAGACUAAGGUCAAGAGUCUGGAGACAGAGAUGCUGAGCACUGGAGAACAGAGAGACCGCCUCAGCAAGGAGAAGAAGCAGCUGGAGGAGAGGUUGAAUGAGGUGACAGACUCGCUGACUGAGGAAGAGGAGAAGACCAAGAGUCUCAACAAACUGAAAAACAAACAGGAAGCAGUCAUCGCUGACCUGGAGGAGCGGUUGAAGCGUGAGGAGCAGGGUCGUCUGGAGCAGGAGAAGUGGAGGAGGAGGAUGGAGGGAGAGGCUGUGGAGGCUCAGGAGCAGCUCUCUGACCUGGGACUACUGUCCGCUGAACUCAGGGGCACCCUGGCUCAGAGAGAGAAGGAUAUCACAACCCUACAGGGGAGGUUGGAGGAGGAGGGUGCACGAAGGACUGAGGCUCAGAGGGCUCUGAGAGAGGCCAUGUCUCAGGUGUCAGAGCUGAAGGAGGAGGUGGAGAAUGAACGAGGGAUGAGAGAGAGGGCAGAGAAACAGAGGCGAGACCUGGGGGAGGAGCUGGAGGCCCUGAGGACAGAGCUGGAAGACACACUGGACACCACGGCGGCCCAGCAGGAACUCAGGUCUCGUAGAGAGGCAGAGUUGGGGGAGCUCCAGAGGUGUGUUGAGGAGGAGACGAGACGUCACGAGGGCCAGCUCUCAGAGCUCCGAGUCAAGCACUGCUCUGCCAUAGACAACCUGCAGGAACAACUGGACAACAGCAAGCGGGCCCGUCAAUCCCUAGAGAAGGCCAAGAUUGUAUUAGAGGAGGAGAGGGUGAGUUUGGCCUCAGAGCUGAAGUCCCUGCAGGGGGGCCGCAUGGAGAGUGAGAGGGGCCGCAAGAGGGCAGAGGGUCAACUCCAGGAGCUGACCGCACGCCUCGCACAGGCCGACAGAGAGAGGGAGGAGAGAGAGAACCGACUGCACAAACUACAGUCUGAGAUGGAGACCCUCUCUAGUUCUCUCUCCUCCUCCGACUCCAAAUCCCUCCGUCUCAACAAGGAGGUCAGCAGCCUGGAGAGCCAGCUCCACGAUGCUCAGGAGCUACUCCAGGAUGAGACUCGUCAGAAGCUGUCUCUGGGCUCCAGGGUGAGAGCUCUGGAGGAGGAGAGGAGUGGACUGAUGGAGAGAGUGGAGGAGGAAGAGGAGAGCGCCAAGGAGCUCUCCAGGCAGAUACAGACUCACACUCAGCAGCUGGCUGAGUUGCGGAGGCAGUCGGAGGAGGUGAAUGCGACGGUGGAGGCAGGAGAGGAGACGCGCAGGAAACUGCAGAGAGACCUGGACCAGGCCGUCCAGAGAGAACGACAGAAGGAGGAGGAGAAGGAACGAGUGGAUCGGCAGAGGGAGAGGUUGAGGGAGGAGAUAGAGGACAUGACCCUGGCCCUGCAGAGAGAGAGACAGAACUGCACCGCCUUGGAGAAGAGGCAGAAGAAGUUUGACCAGUGCCUGUCAGAGGAGAAGGCGGUGAGUGCCCGGCUGGCUGAGGAGAGAGACAGGGCCGAGGCAGACAGUAGAGAGAAGGAAACACGCUCACUGGCACUGGCACGAGCCCUGCAGGAGGCACAAGAUCAGAGGGACGAGCUGGAGAGAUCUAACAAGCAGCUCCGCAUAGACAUGGAACAACUAGUCAAUCAACAGGAUGAUGUGGGGAAGAAUGUGCAUGAGUUGGAGCGUUCCCGGCGAGCCCUGGAGACAGAGGCUGAGUCCCUGCGCACUCAGACCCAGGAGCUGGAAGAGGAGCUGGGGGAGGCGGAGAACUCCAGGCUGAGGCUCGAGGUCACCCUCCAAGCCCUCAGGGCCCAGUUUGAGAGAGAGAUCAGCACCAAGGAGGAGAAAGGAGAGGAGAAGAGGAGGUCUCUCAACAAACAGGUGAGGGAGUUGGAGACCCAGCUAGAGGAGGAGAGGAGUCAACGCUCUCAGGCCAUGUCCGUCAAGAAGCAACUGGAGGCGGAGCUACAGGAGGCUGAGGCCCAGGUGGAGACAGCCAAUCGUGGCAGGGAGGAGGGGCUUAGGCAGCUACGGAGACUGCAGGUUCAGAUGAAGGAAGUGCUUCGUGAGCUGGAUGAGUCCAAGCUGGCCCGUGACGAGGUGGUCGUCCAAUCAAAAGACACAGAGAAGCGCCUGCAGACCCUGGAGGCGGAGCUACUGCAGCUUACAGAGGAUUUAUCAGUGUCUGAGAGGAUGAGGAGACAGGCCCAGCAGGAGAGAGAUGAGAUGGCUGAUGAGAUCGUCAACAGCUCCACUGGGAAGUCUGCUCUGUGUGAUGAGAAGCGGAGGUUGGAGGCGCGAGUCACUCAGCUGGAGGAGGAGUUGGAGGAGGAGCAGAGUAACGCUGAACUAGUGGCCGAGAGACACAGGAAGACUACACUUCAGGUGGAGACUCUGACGGUGCAGCUGCAGGGAGAGAGGACCCUGUGCCAGAAGGCUGAGGGGGCCAGGGAGGCUCUGGAGAGGCAUAACAAGGAGCUGAAGCUGAAGCUGGGGGAGAUGGAGGGAGCGGUCAGGGGAAAACACAGGCUCAGUGUCGCCGCCCUGGAGGCCAAGAUGGAUGGCAUGGAGGAGCAGCUGGAGCAGGAGAGACAGGAGCGAGCAAUAGCCAACAAGCUGGUGAGGAAGACAGAGAAAAAACUGAAGGAGGUGAUGAUGCAGGCGGAGGACGAGAGGAGACAUGCAGACCAGUACAGAGAACAGUUGGAUAAAUCUAUGGGCCGGCUGAGGCAGCUGAAGAGGCAGCUCGAGGAGGUGGAGGAGGAUAACUCUCGUUCCAACGCCCAGAGACGUAAACUGCAGAGAGAGAUGGAGGAGCUUACUGACAGCUCCCAGAGCAUGACCCGUGAGAUCACCGCUCUACGCAGCCAGCUCAGCAUCACCACAUCUGAACGGAAACCAGAGAAGCGUGCUCCGUUGCCCCUAGGGAUGCGUUCAGGUCGCAGGGCGUUGGUGGAUGACCUGUCGUGUGAGAACUCUGACUCGGAGGAGCCCCCCCCCUCCCCGACCCCUUCUUCUGGUACUGGGCCCGGCACCCCCACACCCCCCUCUGAAAACAACAGUCUGGGACCCCCCCCACCAUACAGCCUCAACGACACUGAGUAACACACACUCAUACACAUGCAUACAUACAGAUACAUACUCACACAGACUCAUAGGCCUACAUACAAAUACACACUCACAUAGACUGACUAACUGGUCCAGCACUUUAAACUAGUUCCUCUGCAGUCCAAACUAGAACAGAGAGCAUACACUCACACUCUCGCUCUCUCUCACACACACACACACACACACACACACACACACACACACACACACACACACACACACACACACACACACUACAAGAGGGGAAGAUGAUUUGAUGAUGAUUCUUGAGCAAGAAUAUGGACUGUAAUCUCACUGGGGGAAACUUAAUCUCCCAGAAAUCUGAGGGAAAGCUAAUUAUAUCAGCAUAGCCAUGUUCUAUUAUUAUGAAACUGUAUUACGCUUCAAAUGCCAGAAAUAAGAUGGCUACUGGCCACUAUCAAUGUAAAGCCAUGUUUAACCCUUUGAGGAGCUCUGACAAUAUUCCGCCCUGUGUUUAGCGUUCUAGCUGAUGACAUCACAAAGGGCUGCUAAAUGUUCUAGAAUGCUGUAGAAUCCUGGAAUAGAACACUCCGAAUAAUGUUCCACUCCUCAAAUGGGUUAAUGACAAUCUGCAUGUUUGGGAAGACGUUUUGCAAGACUAGAGAAACACACACACACACAGGGGACUGAUAAAUGUUUCUUUAGUCCCUCUGUCAGUGUGUGUCUUGUAAAUCGCUCAUUGACUGCUAGUGUGAAAGACAGCUGAUAUGCUCUUCUGUAUGUUAACAAGCCUGGGAGAAGCUCCCACAAAUUGUUGAUCUUUCUCUCUCUCACUUGAAUACAAUUUUUAGGCCAAAUUAUUAUUUGAAAACGUAUUUUAGAAAACAAACACAGAAUGUCUGUGAAGUAUUUUAGGAUAUAUUACUAAUUUGUUUGUAGUUUGAAUUAGGUCAUAUAUGGGGAAAAUAUUAAUCAGGGAAGAGAGGGUUAAGUGAGAGAGAGAGAAAAAGGAAAUAUGAUAAUCAACCUUGAUGUUGUAUGCGUCAAGUUUUUAUAGAAAAAGACUGAUGAUAUUUCACUCCAUCAUCACACAUACUGGUGAAACUGGCUAGGGUAUAAACACCGGCAUCAUCGUAGACCUUAUCAAUCUAUCUUAUGAUUAUCAUAAGAUGAUGAAAUGUUGAUAUCUUUUGUCAUGACAAGCGAUGACAACCAAACAUGUUAUUGCAGUUGCAUCAAACACUAUUGCAAAAAAGCUGAACCUCCAUGCAGUCUGGCUUCAGUGCUGUGCUCUGCAUCUGGGUUAUCUAGACAUUCAUUUACCUUUUUAGAUAGAGACAGAUAUGUAGUUACUGUAGAUAGGCCAAUGGAUUGCAUAGGUAGGUAUAGGUAGAUAGCUACAGUAGGUAGAUAGUUUCUUUAACUCAAGUCUUUAACAUAUCGCUUCUUAUAAAGUACAGGCAGUUGAAUCUAUGUAAUUUAUAUCAGUCUGAAUAUGAGCAUAAUCCUAAAUAAUUUAUUGCCGCUGGUUGUUUUUUUUAUUAUUUCCAGUCUGUUCAGACAUAUCAUUGGUAGUUGACAUACUGGUGUGGUAUCACUGGCACUGAUAGAAAGGAAGGCAGGGCCUCACACAUACUGUAACCAUGGCAAUAGAGAGAGGUUAAGAGCAGAGUCACAAUUACUAGGUGGGUUGUGGUUAACAACAUCUGUCUAUCUAUGUAGACUUAUGUUGUUAAAUAAUUACGGGAUGGGGUAUUGGUUGUUCUAUUUUACAGUGUAUCAGGAUGUUAGGGAAGUUUGUAGGUCUUGGUUAGUAGGGAAUGCACUGGAAAUAUAUUGGACAGAGAGAUGACAGACAUUUAAGACAGUAACCAACACUAUAUCAGAACUCACCUGUGGAGCAGAACACUGGAAUCACUUACACAGAACAGGAAAACAGGAAAAUUGAGGACGUAAUGUUGAUGUUUCCAGACUACUAGUCAUUCUCAACAUAUCAUAAGCAUCCAUAUCUUUUGUUUUUAUCAAAAAUACAUAUUGUACAUUGUAAUAUUUUUCAUUAUUCAUUCAUUGUGUAAUAUAUUUAUGGAACAAAGCUUUUGUGUUUAACCAAAUGGUGGGCGUAUGGAUGAGAAAAAGGGACGUAUUGUAGUAUACCUAGUAGAAUAGAAUAGAUUCAAGUAGAGUACUAUGGCGGAGACUACUGUUGGGGAAUUUCCACUGUAAAUUCAUGGAACUACCCUCUGGAAUAACAGACAAAAGUUGAGGACUUUUUCCAGCAACUUCCGUUGAGUUCAUUGUCUUCAGAUCUGUAAUAUGAAGCACCAAGAAAACCCUGUUCCUACCCAUCAUUUCUGUAUAGAUCAUUCUAGAACAGCAACGCUCUAGGCUUCUCUCCUCUGAUAUCAUAAUAGUGUUUUUUGCGGAAGACAUAAUCGGUCGAAUCGUCCAAAAUUGUGUCUUUUCAUUAAGUGACAGACAAGGAGAUCUCUAGCCGGUUAGAAGAUGUGAUUUUAAGAAUAUUAGAGUAUACAUGCCCCGCCCCCUUUAAUCUCCAACAACAUUCACGAUUCAUUCAAGUUUAACAAGUGCAAAGCCUUUUUGUUAAUGUAUAUUGUUUAUAUUUUAACUCCUCUAAGCCCCAUAACCACUAUGCCUGACACAGCAGAAGUCUGUACAGGGAGUAGAUGUCAUGUCCACAUACUUACAGACACAGGGCACCUUGACAUAGGGGCGUUUUGCUGCUCAGUCUAGUAAAACGCUACAUAUUUGCAUGGUGGUGCAUUCUAAAAUAAUAAUAGCAUUGGCCGCAUAGUCUCUUCGGUAAUCACGGUUGUCUGCUCUUGCCCAAGGAAGAAUGUUUAUCUCCCUCCACAUAAAGACUAGGACAUUCCCUGUUGAAAAGCAUGCAGGGUUGAAUUACUAAAAGGUUGAUUUAAAGAGCAUUUAUCAGAGCAAAGGUACAGUUCCCCAUCAUUAUCUCAUGUCAAACUCAAGCUUGACACAGUGGAGAGCAAAGCCAAGAUCCAUUUUGAUAAUUUUCAUGACAGUACUAUAGAAACAGUUGGAUCUUUAGAACUAGCAACCUAAUGAGGACAUGGGAUAUUUGAAUUAAGAAUUAGUUCUAUUAGUAUUUGAUUACUGAAAAAACGACAACGUGUAUUUGGCCUUUUCUUUUCUUCCUCUUCAUGUGAUUUAUUUGGCAAAAAAAUACAUUGUUAUGUAAAUUACUGUCGAUUCUGCACUUUACAUAUGCACCACUAGGAGGGCAGUAAUUGACCAGACUCAGACAUUAUCAGCGGCUGUCAUUGGUUCAGUCAGUCCCAUCUCUCUGAAGAUGAUACAGGUUUAUAUGUAAAUCUAACUGAUUUGUCAAAGAUCUGAGCUGAUUUUUUAAAUGUUAUUUGGAUGCAAACUGUCACUUUAAAGUUUUCACAUUUUGAACACUAAGAUCACUACAUUUUAAACUAUCUAGGUUUGGUCUUCAGGGGAAGUAAUAGGAAGGUUGGUUUGAGGUUAAAGGUUAUUGGCUGACCCCUGGCAUGUGAUCAGAGAACUAAAGUGUCUGUGCAUCUGUAGCGAGACCGGUGCUUUUUCAAAGGUGUUAUUAUUAUUGUAUUAUUUUGUUAUUUUUCUUUCUUUUAUGGCUUCUGUGGAAAUGGAACAUUUUGGAAAUGUGUUGUUUGUAAGCCAUUUUUGGUUUAUGAUGCUGUAAUUAUAAAACAUAUCUGACUGGGGUGAACUUUAAUAUAUGUUGUUGGUUUUGA